AUGGGUUGUGCAUUCUAGAAGAAAAAAUAUUUGAAGAAUUCGGAGGGCUUUUAAUUUCGUUAAAAAUAACUAUAACCAGAAGAAUAAUCAGGAUAACAAAUGACUAAAUCACCAUUAUGUCGUAGUACAAGAACUCCUUCUACUAAAAACUCUAAAACAAUCUCAAGGGAAUAACAGAUUAGGAUUGAAAAACUUUUAUUUGGUAAAAGAAGAAGUACAAAUACUCCAUAAUGUCUUGAGGAAGAAUAUAUCUAUUAGAGAACUAUAAUUGGAUUGAUAGCAAAUUGA